AUGCUCUCUACCCUCAGAAUCGCUGGCCGCAAGGCUGCCACCCGCGAUGCUAGCAUGCGCACUGUGAUCGCUGGCGCCAGAUACGCCUCUGCUUGGUCCAACGUUCCCCAGGGCCCUCCUGAUGCCAUUCUUGGUAUCACCGAAGCCUUCAAGGCCGAUUCUUUCAACGAGAAAAUCAACCUCGGUGUUGGUGCUUACCGUGACGACCAGGGCAAGCCCUUCGUUCUGCCCUCCGUUCGUGCCGCCGAGGACAAGGUUGUUGCAUCGCGUUUCGAUAAGGAAUAUGCUGGAAUCACUGGUAUCCCUUCCUUCACCAAGGCUGCCGCUCAGCUGGCCUACGGCGCCGACUCUCCCGUCCUGAAGGAUGACCGUCUCGUUAUCACCCAGUCCAUCUCCGGUACUGGUGCUCUGAGAAUUGGUGGUGCUUUCCUCGAUCGCUUCUACCCUGGCGCGAAGAAGAUCUAUCUCCCCACUCCCAGCUGGGCCAACCACAACGCCGUCUUCAAGGACUCGGGCCUGGAAGUUGAGAAGUACCGUUACUACAACAAGGACACCAUUGGCCUUGACUUCGAGGGCUUGGUUGCCGACCUCAAGGCUGCCCCCAGCAACAGCAUCGUCCUGCUCCAUGCUUGUGCCCACAACCCCACCGGUGUCGACCCUACUCAGGACCAAUGGCGUAAGAUUUCCGACGUCGUGAAGGAGAAGGGCCACUUUGCUUUCUUCGACAUGGCCUACCAGGGUUUCGCCAGUGGUAGCGCCGACCGCGAUGCUUUUGCUCCCCGAUACUUCGUUGAGCAAGGCCACAACAUUGCUCUGUGCCAGAGUUUCGCUAAGAACAUGGGUCUCUACGGUGAGCGUGUCGGUGCUUUCUCUCUCGUUUGCGAGUCUGCCGAAGAGAAGAAGCGCGUAGACUCCCAGCUCAAGAUCCUUAUCCGUCCCCUCUACUCCAACCCUCCCGUGCAUGGCGCCCGUGUUGCCUCGACUAUCAUGAACGACCCCUCUCUCAACCAGCAAUGGCUCGGUGAGGUCAAGGGCAUGGCUGACCGUAUCAUCGAGAUGCGUGCUCUCCUCAAGAAGAACCUCGAGGAUCUUGGCAGCAAGCACGACUGGUCACACAUCACCAGCCAGAUUGGCAUGUUCGCCUUCACCGGCCUCAAGCCCGAGCAGAUGGACGCCCUUGCUAAGGAGCACUCCGUCUACGCCACCAAGGACGGUCGUAUCUCAGUGGCCGGUAUCACCACUGGCAACGUCAAGCGCCUGGCCGAGUCCAUCUUCAAGGUGACCGGUUAG